AUGGCGGUCCCUGUGUCACCCGGGCGGGAUGUGUUUGCGGAGGGAUUGCUGGAGCUGCUCAAACCGGCCGUGCAGCAGCUCGACUCCCAUGUACACGCCGUGAGGUACUGUGAGGGGCCCCAGAGCGGGAAUAUGGGGGGGCCACACACAGCAGCUUCCUGUUACUGUCCCCGCCCACAUGAACUGACCCCAAUAAACAUGGGGUAACCCCCCACCCCAAUAAACCUCUGGGGAUCCCUGCACCAACAUGGGGUAACCCCCCAACCCCAAUAAACCUCUGGGGAUCCCUGCACCAACAUGGGAUAACCCCCCCACCCCAAUAAACCUCUGGGGAUCCCUGCACAAACAUGGAGUAACACCCCCCCACCCCAAUAAACCUCUGGGGAUCCCUGCACAAACAUGGGGUAACCCCCCAACCCCAAUAAACCUCUGGGGAUCCCUGCACAAACAUGGAGUAACACCCCCCCACCCCAAUAAACCUCUGGGGAUCCCUGCACCAACAUGGGGUAACACCCCCCACCCCAAUAAACCUCUGGGGAUCCCUGCACCAACAUGGGGUAACACCCCCCACCCCAAUAAACCUCUGGGCAUCCCUGCACCAACAUGGGGUAACACCCCUCACCCCAAUAAACCUCUGGGGAUCCCUGCACCAACAUGGGGUAACACCCCCACCCCAAUAAACCUCUGGGGAUCCCUGCACCAACAUGGGGUAACACCCCCACCCCAAUAAACCUCUGGGGAUCCCUGCACCAACAUGGGGUAACACCCCCACCCCAAUAAACCUCUGGGGAUCCCUGCACCAACAUGGGGUAACACCCCCACCCCAAUAAACCUCUGGGGAUCCCUGCACCAACAUGGGGUAACACCCCCACCCCAAUAAACCUCUGGGGAUCCCUGCACCAACAUGGGGUAACACCCCCCCACCCCAAUAAACCUCUGGGCAUCCCUGCACCAACAUGGGGUAACACCCCUCACCCCAAUAAACCUCUGGGGAUCCCUGCACCAACAUAGGGUAACACCCCUCACCCCAAUAAACCUCUGGGGAUCCCUGCACCAACAUGGGGUAACCCCCACCCCAAUAAACCUCUGGGGAUCCCUGCACCAACAUGGGGUAACCCCCCACCCCAAUAAACCUCUGGGGAUCCCUGCAUCAACAUGGGGUAACCCCCCCCACCCCAAUAAACCUCUGGGGAUCCCUGCACCAACAUGGGGUAACCUCCCACCCCCCCCAAUAAUCCUCUGGGGAUCCCUGCACCAACAUGGGGCAACCCCCCACCCCAAUAAUCCUCUGGGGAUCCCUGCACCAACAUGGGGCAACCCCCCCCACUCCAAUAAUCCUCUGGGGAUCCCUGCACCAACAUGGGGUAACACCCCCCCACCCCAAUAAUCCUCUGGGGAUCCCUGCACCAACAUGGGGUAACACCCCCACCCCAAUAAUCCUCUGGGCAUGCCUGCACCAACAUGGGGUAACACCCCUCACCCCAAUAAACCUCUGGGGAUCCCUGCACCAACAUGGGGUAACCCCCACAAACCCUUGGGAUCCCUGCACCCACAUGGGCAACCCUCCCCCAAUAAACCUCUGGGAUCCCUGCACCAACAUGGGGUAACCCCCACCCCAAUAAACCUCUGGGGAUCCCUGCACCAACAUGGGGUAACCCCCCACCCCAAUAAACCUCUGGGGAUCCCUGCACCAACAUGGGGUAACACCCCCCCACCCCAAUAAACCUCUGGGGAUCCCUGCACCAACAUGGGGUAACACCCCCCACCCCAAUAAACCUCUGGGGGUUCCCUGCACAAACAUGGGAUAACCUCAUUUGCUGGGGAGGGCUGCCUGGGCUGUCAGGCAGCCCUCCACAAGAGGAUCGCGGCGGAGGUAAGUACCUCUGAUCUCCUUUGGGCUUCAGCCGUUACGGCGUUCUAUGCCGCCGCAGCGGCUUUAAAGCCCUUUUGAUGCGGGACGGCAUAGAACACCGUAACAGCGUUAAAGGGACACUAUAGUCACCAAAACAACGUUAGCUUAAUGAAGCUGUUUUGGUGUAUAGAUCAUGCCCCUGCAGUCUCACUGCUUAAUUCUCUGCCCUUUAGGAGUUAAAUCACUUUGUUUAUACAGCCCAAGUCACACCUCUCUGCAUGUGACUUGCACAGCCUUCCUAAACACUUCGUGUAAAGAGUCAUCUCAUGUUUAUGCUUCCUUUAUUGCAAAUUCUUUUUAAUUUAGAAUUUAUCUUCCGCUUUAAUAGCUUGCUAAACCCUGCAUGAGCCUUGUGUAUGUUUUUUAAAUUCAUUUUAGAAAGAUUACACUAUAUUUUACAGCAAGUUACUAUCUAAUUGAAAUUGAAACCAUUUUGUCAUGCAGGCUGUGCUCGAAACAGCCAGUAGAGGUGUGGCUAGAACUGCAUAAACUGAAACAAAAGUGAUUUCACUCCUAAAUGGCAGAGAAUUGAGCAGUAAAACUUCAGAGGAAUGUUCAAUACACCAAAACUGCUUCACUAAGCUAAAGUUGUUUUGGUUACUAUAGUGUCCCUUUAAUGUGCAUUUUUAUUGAAUUACUGUUGCUUAUGAAAGUCUUAUUUGGAGCACACUCAUCACACCUGAAGAAUCUAUGAUACAUGUACAGGGAUUGUAAUCUGUAACAAAUAACCUUUACUUUGCAGAGAGAGCCAAGUGGACCUGCGGGAACAUAUUGACAGUCUGGCAUCAGGUAAGUCGGUAUCAUGGUUACACAUCAAAAUGAGAAUGGGCUGGAUUAUGAUAUUCCUACUUUAUAUACUGUCAGCAGUUUAAACUGAUAACAAGUUUAUAUAAUAAUUAUGCAGAGUUUAUGCUGGUGGAAGCGGUUCUAGUUAGACAUUACAAGCUAAUGAGUUGAGAAUAACUCUGUAUAUUGUGUAUAGUCCUCCUGAAUCCAGAUUAAAUAAUAACAAAUCCAUGACAUUUAAUACAUUCAGUUUUAUCCGCAGUCCCAUAAGUUAGCACAGAGAGUGCCAAUACCUUAAUUUAAUUCCAAGUGGCACCGAUCUCUGAUUAUCUUUGAUUGAGAGACCUUUCGUAGCAGGGUUGCUUGCUUAGCUCAUCAGAACCAUCACUUACUCUUCUUGCUCUAGAGCUUUGCAAAAUUAAUGAAGAUCAGAAGGUGGCUCUUGAUCUGGACCCAUAUGUGAAGAAGCUCCUGAAUGCCAGGCGUCGGGUGGUUUUGGUCAACAAUAUUCUGCAGAAUGCACAGGUAAUGAAAGAAAAUCGGGUCAGCGAUAAAUAUGGAGGUCACCUAAUAAUUUAAUAGAAAGAAUGUUGCUGGGGUAGAACGUUUUUAUUUUUAAAGACACAAAACAUAUUUUUGGUCUUUGCUAAGCUGCCCAAUGUUUGAUUAGGAAAUCAUUGGAGGAUCAUUGGUUCCCACUACUUAUGUGAAAGCAUGUGCUGAUUGGCUUUUUUGAUCUCUGCAGGAACGUCUGAGGCGUCUCAAUCAUAGCGUGGCUAAAGAGAGUGCUCGCAGAAGAGGAAUGCUGGACUCUGGUACCCACCACAAUCAAGCAUCUCCUAAUAAAUGA